UGCUGCGUUCGCUCGCUCGCGGACGCGGCCGAGGGUUAGGGGCGGAGGCGGCGGGGGAGUGACGGGGUCGCGGCAAAGCGCACCCCUGGGGCCUCGCGCCUCCGCCUCCCGCCCCGCCCCUCACUCGGCGCUAGGGAGCCCGGGGACUUGGGCCUAGGACUCUGGCGAGCCAACCUAGCGGGUUUGCUUCCAGUGAGGCUGUGUAAAGCAGGUGCGAACUGCAAAAGUUUGCAGAAAAACAAUGAAGGCUGUUCCUGGAAACUCUGAAGCCAUCUAGAGACAGAAGCUUAUAACCCACACCAUGGAUAACUUAUUGGACUUUGCCUGAAAGGAGUCAUUAGUGCCAUUGGAUAUUUGACCAUCCUGGCCACAGGUUUUUCAGAAUGAAUGGAAGGUCAUGCAGCAUGAGUCUCCACCGGACAUCAGGAACCCCACAGGGGCCUGGGAUGGUCAGUGGCCAACAUAUUCCUCCCAUCCGAGCCCACUCAGGGACUCCUGGCCCCUCAUCCUGUGGCAGCACACCAAGCCCCGCUAUUGGAAGCCUUGCUAACAGCCUCCAUCUCAAGAUACCCUCAGGAGGAGGGAUGGCUCCUCAGAACACCCUGACUGAGAGCUCCAUCCACCUGCCUGCCCUGAGCCCCAGGAGACAAGUGCUCACCAAUGGGAAGCCACGAUUCCAGGUCACCCAGGCUGGAGGCAUGUCAGGGUCACACACUUUAAAGCCAAAGCAGCAAGAGUUUGGAAACCCUUUUCCUCCAAAUCCUGGGAAAGGGGCUCUGGGCUUUGGGCCUCAGUGCAAGUCCAUUGGAAAAGGCAGCUGCAACAAUCUAGUGGUCACCAGCAGUCCCAUGAUGGUUCAGCGACUGGGACCCAUUUCACCUCCAGCAAGCCAGGUCUCCACAGCAUGCAAGCAGAUCAGUCCUAGCUUACAGAGGGCAGUGAAUGCAGCCAACCUGAAUAUACCUCCUUCAGAUACCAGGUCCCUUAUUUCACGGGAGUCUCUGGCAUCCACAGCUUUGAGUCUGACGGAAAGUCAAUCGGCCUUGAGUGUGAAACAAGAGUGGUCUCAGGGCUACAGGGCUCUGCCUUCACUUUCUUCCAGCCAUGGCUCUCAGAAUGGUGUCGAUCUAGGGGACUUCCUUGGCCUUCCUCCAGGGACAUCCAUGUCCAGCAACAGUGUCUCUAACUCAUUGCCAUCCUACCUUUUUGGCAUGGAAAAUACCCACUCUCCUUACCCUAGUCCCAGGCAUUCAUCGACCAGGUCCCACUCAGCCCGCUCCAAGAAGAGAGCACUGUCCCUGUCACCCCUGUCUGAUGGCAUCGGGAUAGACUUCAAUACCAUCAUCCGCACCUCACCCACGUCCUUGGUUGCCUACAUCAAUGGGCCGAGGGCAUCCCCAGCCAACAUGUCCCCGCAGCCCGAGGUCUAUGGGCAUUUUCUGGGUGUGCGUGGCAGCUGCAUCCCCCAGCCGUGUGCAGUACCUGGAAACCAGAAGGGUGUGCUGGUGGCCAGUGGUGGCCUGGCACUACCGGCCUAUGGUGAUGAUGGCGUGCUGGAGUAUGAGCGCAUGCAACAGCUGGAGCACGGUGGCCUGCAGCCCGGGCAGAUCAACAAUAUGGUGGUGCAGCACGGCCUGCCAGGCCCCGAAAGCCAGCCCUCUGGCAUGCUCAAGACUGAGCGACUGGAGGAGUUCCCCGGCGGCACCCUGGACUUGCCCUCCGCGCCCCCUCUUCCUCCCUUGCCACCACCUCAGGGUCCGCCACCACCCUACCAUGCUCAUCCUCACCUUCACCACCCAGAGCUAGUGGCUCAUGGCCAGCCACUGGCCCUGCCCCAAGCUGCCCUGGACGAGGAUGGGGAGAUGGAUGAUGUUGGGGGCAAGCACUGCUGUCGCUGGAUAGACUGCAGUGCUUUGUAUGACCAGCAGGAGGAACUUGUAAGGCAUAUCGAGAAGGUUCACAUCGACCAGCGCAAGGGGGAAGACUUCACUUGCUUCUGGGCUGGCUGCCCUCGAAGGUACAAGCCUUUCAAUGCCCGCUAUAAACUGCUGAUCCACAUGAGGGUCCACUCUGGGGAGAAGCCCAACAAGUGUACGUUUGAAGGUUGCAAAAAGGCCUUUUCAAGGCUUGAAAAUCUGAAGAUUCACUUGCGGAGCCACACGGGCGAGAAGCCGUAUCUGUGCCAGCAUCCAGGCUGUCAGAAGGCAUUCAGCAAUUCCAGUGACCGUGCCAAGCACCAGAGGACACAUCUGGACACUAAACCUUAUGCUUGUCAAAUUCCAGGAUGUACCAAACGCUACACAGACCCAAGUUCCCUAAGAAAGCAUGUGAAGGCACAUUCUUCCAAAGAUCAACAAGCAAGGAAAAAGCUGCGGUCUAGCACUGAGCUCCAUCCAGACCUGCUCUCAGAUUGCCUCACUGUGCAGCCCCUGCAGCCAGCCACUUCCCCAAGAGACACUGCUGCUGAUGGCACCGUGGGAUGCUCCCCAGGGCCUGGGCCUGGGCCUGACCUCUAUCCAGCUCCCAUUUUCUCCAGCAAUCAUUCAAGCCGAAGUGGAACAGCUGCUGGGGCCGGGCCACCCCCACAUCCUGUCAGUCACCCUUCUCCAGGACAUAAUGUACAGGGGAGCCCCCACAACCCCUCCUCCCAGUUACCUCCACUCACAGCUGUGGACGCAGGAGCUGAGAGGUAUGUACCUUCUGCUCCAUCUCCUCACCACAUCAGCCCCCGGAGAGUUCCGGCUCCUUCCUCAAUACUGCAGAGAACACAGCCUCCCCACACCCAGCAACCAUCCAGUUCACACCUGAAGUCCUAUCAGCCAGAGACAAACUCUUCUUUUCAACCAAAUGGUAUCCACGUUCAUGGAUUUUAUGGACAGCUACAGACCUUCUGCCCCCCGCACUACCCCGACUCCCAGAGAACUGUGCCGCCUGGCAGCUCCUGCAGUGUGGUGCCUUCCUUCGAGGACUGCCUGGUCCCCACUUCCAUGGGCCAGGCUGGCUUUGAUGUUUUCCACAGAGCCUUCUCAACUCACUCAGGCAUUGCAGUGUAUGAUUUGCCUUCGGCUUCCUCGAGCCUCUUUGGGGAGUCUCUUCGGAAUGGGCCUGAAGACAACACGUUCUUACAGAUCAGUGCUGUGGACCGUUGUCCUAGCCAGCUUUCCUCUGUCUAUACUGAAGGCUAGAAGCUCCCCUGGUCGCCACUGCAUAUCCGGAACCUUCUGGUUGCUUGCCACCUCUUGUUCUCAUAUCUUACAAAGUAUACAAAGAAGGAUGUCAACCAACUCAGUGGGACCUCUAGGGUCACUGUCUUUGGAAGGCAGGACUAGAUGGUCAGAGCCGGCUUUACAGGAAUAUUUACAGUUGCUCCUUUUUCUCUCUGGGUUUGCUGGAUCAGGUGGCCAGCAGGACUGUCUUCUCAAAGGGAAUUUAGAGUCUCACUCUACUGGAUACCUGUUACUUCCUGGCUGUCUGCCCUCAAAGGACACCAAUGAAGUGAUGUGCAUAUGAAAAUGUAGUCUGGGGAUGACCCUUGCUGAAAACUCCAAAGAGGGAAGGACAGCCCAUUAGCAGGGGCAUAGUGAGCUGCCUCACCCAGUGUUCUCCCUGGUGGCUGCUAGGGCACAAGGAGGGAAAUCCACUUCCAAAGCACAGUGUGGUCUUAACACUUGGCAACUCCCUGGGUUUCCCUCUUCUCUUAGGUAUCCUCAUGCUAACCAGUUGCUUCUCAAUAUUUUUCCAAUGACAAAAUAAGAUUUUAAAUAUCAGCUUCCUACUUUGUUUUGGGAUUUUAAAGACAUUUUAUUUACAUCUUCUUUAAAAAGAAAAAAAAAUUAAAGGUUUAUUCUCUGGGUAGAAAUCAUUUUUAGUUCAAUCACCCAGCUAUACAUAUUUUGCCACAACUGUGGCUCUGCCUGUCCUCCUCCCCCACCCGCCCAUGUUAGUUUUACAGUUAGCACAAGGCUACCUGAGGGAAACAGGGUGUGCCCACCCUUCCUCCUCCCCCCCCCUCUCUCUCUAUCUCUCUCUCUCUCUCACACACACACACACACACCCAUGCACCUACUCCCAGUGCUGUAGCAGGAACCCUUCUGGGUUGACUGCUUAGCAGCUCCACCUUGAAAACAUUAAGUGAAAAAGGUCAUUUGACAGGUCCCCCAUUGCCUGCACUCUGGUCUUCUGCCUGAGGCAUGCAGGAGACAAAACAGGACACACUGCAUUGUGGCCAGGGUUCUCUUGGAAAACCAAACCAGGGAUGCCCUUUAUCCAUUUUGUUUGCAUAGCCUCUGCUCAGCUUCUUCAGGGAGUACACUCAUCCUUCUCUCUUUCUCCUGUAUUUGUUCCCUCCCUCUUUUUGCAGACAUGCCCACCACCUACCUGCCUUAUUCUAUCAACUCUUAGGGAAGUAGGGGGUAUGGUUCACAAAAAGUAGCUGAGACGGGAACCCUUUUUGGAAGCUCUGGUUUAAAGGCCUGGAAAUUUCCACAGAGCACUUGACUAUUUUAUAUCAAACCUAAGUAGGAAAUAAUUUUCAGUGGCACCUUUAUAAAUAUAUUAAAAAGAUACUGUGUCCUAGGGCAUAGGCUAUAAAAAUUGACCAAAUCCCAAAGAUUCAGUCAUUUACAACAUUGUGGUACAUUCACACUUCAGUUUCUUUUCUCUCUUUAAAAAAAUGUUUUCUGGAAAAAAGUGAAACAAUUCUAUUUAUCAAACUUCAAUAAUUGCAGGCUUCAACAAGACAAUUAAAUAGCUCGGUGUCAGACUUGGGGUUCUGUGACAGUUUGUAUCCUGAUAGAUGUGUCCUUCCAGUCUGGCUCCAAAAUCAGAAAUGUUCUACCUGAUUCCAGUAUUCAUUUCUAUACACCAUGGGAUGAGGGGAAUAAAGAACCAAGUGUGGAUUACAUUUUUCCAGCACAGUUGGUUGAUCUAGUUUCUCCUGUUAGUGGACUGUGUUCUAAGGAGAGCUGUCAUGCAGGUGUCCAAGUCUGCAAAAGAUGUAAAUUAUCCACUUUAUAAAAAAAUCUGCUGUGCUUUCCAAAGGAUGCACAUCAGGUUUCUUUGAUAAGUGAGUUCUCAGGCUGCAUAUAAAAUCCUACCCUGCUGCAAAUUUGGUGGGUUGUGUUUCUUGGCCUCAAGGACACAUGCAUGCUAACACUGGCUCAGUCAGUAGCAUCCAUCCUGUGUCCUCUGUCACACUCUAGAAAGAAGGGAAGACUCUGCUAUCUUCAGAGAGACCAUCUAGCUGUUCUUAAAUACUGAAGUUUUUACAAGUAACUCGAAAUGUAUUUCACUUGUGUGAUGAGGAGAAAAAAGAUGGAAAGGCAUGGUUGUUAUUGCAUUUGAUGCCGUCAGCCCUGCCUUGUGGUUUUAUAUAAUUUUAAGGAGAAAAGGGGAAAGGACAAAGCAAGAAGCUAAACCUCAGAGAUCAUGGAUGUCACAUACCUCUUUGGCUGAGAGGAGAUGCUUAUGAGCUAGGCUCUGGUCUCAUGGUGGCCUCUCACAGUGACCCUGAUUCCUCCUUGUCUCACCUGUACUGGGAGCAUCCAAAGACUUGCCAGGUGGCAACAGUACUGCAGCUCCUCCUUUCUCAGCCGGAUUUCAAAGCCUGGCCCCUGAGGACUAUGCAUGCUUUCAGGGGGAACAUGCAAGGAGCAGGGCCCAGUGUGGCCCCUCAGUGUUUCUUGAUGGCUGCAGAUUGGCAAUUAGGGUCUCAGGACGUGACAGGUUCUUUCAGCCUUCGCAAGCUGUCCUUAGACUCCAGAAUUUCUCCUGACCUUGAAAUUAGUCCCUUGCUUCUUUUCACAUUGCAGAAGAUUUUUGUGUGAUUUCACCAGUAUUUUAUAGCAGUAAAAGUGGAACUUCAGAAAAUCAUUUCCUUCCAUUUCCUGACCUUUUUAGUCUCCAUAUGUAGCCAUUUUCAUAAACAUCCAGAAAUUGUCAUUCCCCUGAAAGAACAAACUAACAAACAACAACAACAAAAGCAGUGCUUGUGAAAAUACACACAGCCCAAAGCCAAUUAUCUAUCCUAUCACAUUUAAAAAAAUAAGCACACUUAGAGACAUUUCAUUUGCUGCAUUAUUUUGAUUCCCUAAAGGGACUGCAUCAAAAUGUAGGUUGUCAUUUAGCCUCUGAUCAGGAUUUAAAUAUUAUUUAAAUAUUUAAUGGGCUUGUCAGGUCUCUCCCUUUACCUGUGUCAUCCCCAAAUUAUAUAGAUGAUUUUAACAUGGAAGAGAAGUCUUCAGUAGGUCACAGCAUAGAUUCCACUGAUAGUGGGGUGUUUGUGUUGUUCCGUUGUUUUUGAAUUACCAGCUGUCAAGCACACUAGUACACUGAUACCGUUUUGAACAAGGAUAACUGUUCAACUCUCCCCUCAGAGAACCUGGACUUUUCCAGUUGCCAUGAAGUAUUGGGAAUAGUGACUGUAAAUGUUCAGUGUAAUUAUUUGGUAUUUUAUUUGACUGUUUUGACUACAUCAUUUUAUAGCAGCAUUUCUUAAUGGCACUUUUUGUUGGUGGUGUGGAAUUUCUGCAGUUACCUUUUUUUUUUUUUUUUGCCAUGGAUAAAGCAAAAAAGAAAAACCAAACUCAUUGGAGAAAUGGUGAGUGUAAAAAAGAAGAGAUUUAUUUUGUACAGACAGCAAAGCAUCCUGUGUAAUGUUGCUGACAUAAAGCACUUUGGGGGGAAAAAGUGGAAAUCUGUUUUCCAUAAAUCACACAGCUCUUGUACAUAGUUAUAUACACUCACGUAGAGAAAUGAACUGCGUAUAUCAUACUGGAUAUGGGGCCGAUUUUACUCUAGAGGCACAUCUGGUGCUUAUUGUCAUAAAUCUUUUAAAGAAUUAGGUACACUUUUUUUCUAUUAAUAUGUAUAGUUUUGUGAUUUGUCACAGUUAUGUUUCAUAUAAUCAUAAGUUAUUUUGUCUUGUUUCAUGAAGUCCUUUUUAUAUGUCAAAAGUGAAAUGAAGGGAUUGUGCACUUGGUACAGAAUAAAACUGGAAAUAGAGAAUAUGCCCUCCUGCCUAGAUCUCCUUCGGCAUGUUGCUUUGAAACACAAUGGCAGCAAGACUGUUGUUUGUUUGUUUGUUUUAUUAUUUUGUUUUGUUUGCCAUCAGCCUCCUAUGUAUUGGGAAUGGUAAUUAUAAUUAAAAGCAGAUGGGAGGGGGAAGGGUCCAAGGCCAGCUUUAAAAUGCCGCAUUGCUUUGGGCCAGAGCUGCAGCCUGGAUUUAAUUAUAGAUAUGAGGACGAAAUGGCAGUAAAAAUGAAUGUCUCCCCGAAUCCUUUACAUGUUGGGAGUGUCCAUAAAUAAAACAUGAAGUUUUAUUUCAUCAGAUUUAAUUAAAGCUUUUAUACAUGUUU